AUGCCCGUCGGGAGUUUAACAAUCAGCGUCGACCUCGACCCAAUUCGACCAAUCUGCGACGCCAUCUCCGUACAGGAUGAUAUCACCCAGGAUAGUGUAGAGCGUUGGUUAAGAAAUUCAUGGGAGGCUACCAGUCAGAAUGCUCUAGUGAUUGACUCGGUUAAGCUUGCUACGGAGCUUUUGGCUCCUAAAGGAACUUUUGUUACCAAGGUAAGGGUAAAAUGUCGUUUGAAUAAGUACUACCACUUAGCAAAUGAGCAUGGCCACGGAUCUCGAGCCGCAUGGAAGCUGGUUCAACUUGAUUCAAUGUUCGGUUUUCUCCGUUCGGCCGUCGAGAAGAUGCCCGUCGGGAGUGUAGCAAUCAACGUCGACUUCGACCCGAUUCGACCAAUCUGCGACGCCAUCUCCGUACAGGAUGAUAUCACCCAGGAUAGUGUAGAGCGUUGGUUAAGAAAUUCAUGGGAAGCUACCAAUCAGAAUGCUCUAGUGAUUGACUCGGUUAAGCUUGCUACGGAGCUUUUGGCUCCCAAAGGAACUUUUGUCACCAAGGUAAGGGGAAAGUGUCGUUUGGAUAAGUACUACCACUUAGCAAACGAGCAUGGCCACGGAUAUCGAGCCGCAUGGAAGCUGGUUCAACUUGAUUCAAUGUUCGGUUUUCUCCGUUCGGCCGUCGAGAAGAUACCCGUCGGGAGUUUAGAAAUCAGCGUUGACCUCGACCCGAUUCAACCAAUCUGCGACGCCAUCUCCGGACAGGAUGAUAUCACCGAGGAUAGUGUAGAGCAUUGGUUAAGAAAUUCAUGGUAG